AUGGAGGCAGAAGAUAAUGUUGAAUAUUCGAGUUUACAUAGAGGAGGAGCGAAAUUCAGCAAGGUUUCAUUUGUUCCUCUUACAUUUCUUAUAUUCUAUGGUGUUUCUGGUGGUCCUUUUGGAGUUGAAGAUACUGUCCGUGCAGCCGGUCCAUUUUUAGCACUUGUUGGCUAUUUAAUCUUUCCUAUUGUAUGGAGCAUUCCAGAGUCUUUAAUAACUGCAGAAUUAUCCACUAUGUUCCCCGAAAACGGAGGAUAUGUUGUUUGGGUUUCAAAGUCUUUUGGUACUUAUUGGGGAUUUCAAUUAGGAUGGGUGAAAUGGAUGAGUGGUGUAGUUGAUAAUGCCUUGUACCCUGUUUUAUUUUUAGACUACAUUAAAUCUUCUGUGCCAGCAUUGGCGAAUGGUCUACCAAGAACAAUCGCCAUUCUUGCUUUGGUUAUUGCACUUACAUAUUUGAACUAUAGAGGUUUAACUAUUGUUGCUUGGGUUGCUACAGUUUUAGCGAUAUUUUCUCUCCUUCCUUUUGUAAUUAUGGGAUUUAUCGCGCUUCCUAAGUUGGAGCCUUCGAGAUGGUUUGUUGUGGAUUUAGAAAAUGUACAAUGGGGAUUGUAUCUAAAUACACUAUUUUGGAAUUUGAACUAUUGGGAUUCAGUGAGUACUAUGUCAGGGGAAGUGGAGGAUCCUGGUAAAACAAUUCCCAAGGCUUUAUUCUAUGCACUUCCUUUAGUUGUCUCUGGUUACUUUUUCCCUCUUUUAUUUGGCACGGGAGCUGUUCCGUUGCAUCGUGAUCUUUGGAGUGAUGGUUAUUUCUCGGAUAUUGCUAAGAUCAUUGGAGGAGUAUGGUUAAGAUUGUGGGUUCAAGGGGCUUCGGCUGUGUCAAAUAUGGGAAUGUUUUUAGCUGAGAUGAGUGGUGACUCAUAUCAGCUUUUGGGAAUGGCAGAACGGGGGAUGCUUCCUGAUUUUUUCGCAAAGAGAUCGCGUUAUGGAACCCCUCUUAUCAGUAUUUUGUUUUCUGCAUCAGGUGUUGUGCUGCUGUCUUGCCUUAGUUUUCAAGAAAUUGUAGCUGCUGAGAACUUUAUGAACUGUUUUGGAAUGAUUUUGGAAUUUCUAUCUUUUGUCAAGUUAAGGAUAAAAUAUCCAGCAGCAUCAAGACCUUAUAGGAUUCCACUAGGAACAAUUGGUUCAAUUUUAAUUUGUCUGCCACCAACAUUAUUUCUUCUUGUUGUUAUAGCACUAUGCUCAUUUAAGGUCAUGAUUGUCAGUUUCUUGGCUAUUCUUGUUGGCCUUAUUAUGCAGCCUUGUCUAGUUUAUUGUGACAAGAAGAAAUGGUUAAGUUUCUCUGUUAUCUCUGAUCUUGUAGAACUACAGACCAAUUAUCAUCAGGUUGUUGAGGCUUAAAGUGAUCAAUGGGACU